AUUUCAUUUCUUGGUAGUCUAAUCUGUGCAAAGACACUUGGCAGCAGUAAAGGUUCUUUUGGCUUUUUAAUAUUUUGCGAUUAUCCAUUUUAUUUCAAUUGAUGAAUGUUAUGUGUAACAACUGCAUGCUAGGAUAUCGGUAUUCAUUUACCAAUGGCUCCUCUUAAAAUCAUCGGCGCAGGCUUUGGAAGAACAGGUACACUUACUUUGCGUCACGCUCUGGAUUACCUCGGAUAUCAGACGCACCAUAUGGACAAGGUUCUCCUGGACCCUACACAGGAUCCCGACCUCUUUCGUCAUGCUUAUGAGUAUCCGGACGAACCUGUAGACUGGGAGAGAGCGUUUCAGGGUUACGACGCUGCGGUGGAUUGGCCUGCAGCAGCAUUCUUCGAGAAGCUUUUGGCAAAGUAUCCGGAUGCCAAGGUGAUUCUGACGGUGCGAGACCCCGAGGAAUGGUAUCGUUCUGUUGCUUCCACCAUCCACGAAUGGCCUUGUGUGGAUGAAACCUGGCCUUCUCACAUUCUUCGUGCGCGCGCCAUGGCCCGCGUCAUUGUGCGAGACGGUGAACUGGGUGGUCCUCGAUUCCAUGACCGUGAGUAUACCAUUGGGCGAUUCAAGCAAAAUAUCGAACGUGUCAAACAGUUGGUGAAACCCGAAAAUUUACUGAUUCUAAACCUCGGCGAAGGGUGGGAAAAGCUAUGUCCAUUCUUGGGUCGAGACAUUCCUCCCAUUCCCUGGCCCCACAAGAAUAAAGGCUCCAAUUUUGCAGCGCUAGUUUGCGAAUGCAGAGAUCGUUAUCUUGAAAACCUCGAACGCUUGUCAAACCCGUCCACAAAUGGUAGCACUGAUUCUCUUCGUCAAUGAUGAAAUAAAAUUUUGAAAGCAACCAAUGUUGCUUCUUGCAAGAUUUCACCCAAUGCUUCGUGUAGAGUAGAAAAUGAUGGCAUGAAUUGGAUGGGUGUUGAGCAAAACAACGAAACCCAUAUCAGUACCGGCUCGGUGCACGGCCAACCUUUGUUCUCCUAAAAUGUUGUCUAUUUGUUUAAAAGACAACAGCUUGCUAUAAAAAACAAAAAUAUAAAAAUACAAGGC